UAAGCUGUUGAUCGAACCCCUCCCAACCCUGUUGUGUCACACAAAAACACGGGCGGCCUGUCACCGCCGGGCCCCAGGAUUUCCUUGGACUCUUGCAGAGACUGCGCUGGGCGGCGGAAUUGAAUUUUAUCUUCACUCCUAAGAAUAAAAGGUAAUGGAGACUGAACAACAGGAGGAAACCUUUACCAACACAGAGACAAAUGACCUGUCUACAGGCAAACGUCCUGCAGAAGAUAUGGAAGAAGAACAGGCCUUCAAAAGGUCUCGGAAUACAGAUGAAAUGGUUGAAUUGCGCAUUUUGCUUCAAAGCAAAAAUGCUGGAGCAGUGAUUGGAAAAGGUGGCAAAAAUAUUAAGGCACUUCGUACAGAUUACAAUGCAAGUGUUUCAGUCCCAGACAGCAGUGGCCCUGAGCGUAUCUUGAGUAUAAGUGCAGAUACAGAGACAAUUGGAGAAAUCUUGAAGAAGAUUAUCCCUACUUUGGAAGAGUACCAGCACUACAAAGGUAGUGACUUUGACUGUGAAUUAAGACUUCUAAUUCACCAAAGUCUAGCAGGAGGAAUUAUUGGUGUCAAGGGUGCUAAAAUCAAAGAACUCAGAGAGAAUACUCAAACCACCAUUAAGCUAUUUCAAGAAUGUUGUCCUCAUUCCACUGAUAGAGUGGUGCUUAUUGGUGGAAAACCUGAUAGAGUUGUGGAAUGUAUCAAGAUUAUCUUGGAUCUUAUCUCUGAGUCUCCAAUUAAAGGACGAGCCCAGCCUUAUGAUCCAAAUUUCUAUGAUGAAACAUAUGACUAUGGUGGCUUCACAAUGAUGUUUGAUGAUAGAAGGGGACGGCCAGUGGGCUUUCCCAUGCGUGGAAGAGGAGGCUUUGAUCGAAUGCCUCCUGGUCGUGGGGGACGACCUAUGCCUCCAUCAAGAAGAGAUUAUGAUGAUAUGAGCCCUCGCAGAGGACCUCCACCGCCUCCACCAGGCCGUGGUGGCAGAGGUGGCAGCAGAGCUCGUAAUCUUCCUCUUCCUCCUCCACCACCUCCUCGUGGCGGAGAUCUUAUGUCUUAUGACCGAAGAGGUAGACCUGGAGACCGUUACGAUGGAAUGAUGAUGCAGUGUCAUGUAGAUGCCUGUGAUGACAUGCAGCCACCAGAGUUGUUUGAGGGUGGCUCUGGAUAUGACUAUUCUUACACAGGGGGCCGUGGUUCAUAUGGAGAUCUUGGUGGACCCAUCAUCACAACACAAGUAACAAUUCCCAAAGAUUUGGCAGGUUCUAUUAUUGGGAAGGGAGGCCAGAGAAUCAAACAAAUACGUCAUGAGUCAGGAGCUUCAAUCAAAAUCGAUGAACCACUAGAAGGCUCAGAAGAUCGAAUAAUAACUAUUACAGGAACCCAGGACCAGAUACAAAAUGCUCAAUAUUUACUGCAGAACAGUGUGAAGCAGUAUGCAGAUGUUGAAGGAUUCUAAUGCAAGAUUAUUUUUUCUUUUUUAUAGUGUGAAGCAGUAUUCUGGAAAGUUUUUCUAAGACUAGUGAAGAACUGAAGGAGUCCUGCACCUUUUUUUUUUUUUUUUUUAAUAUCUGCUUCUGUUUAAAUAGCCAACAUUCCUCUGCUUCAUAGGUGUUCUGCAUUUGAGGUGUAGUGGAAUCUGCUUUUCGCCAGAUGUAACGUUUUAGUUCAUUAAAAAUAUUUGGGGUAGGAAAAGGUUGCACAAGACUAACACUGAAAUUUUGAAACAGCAGCAGAGUGGAUUUUAUUUUUGUUCAGUGGUAGUAAAUUGUAAUGUGGUUUUAUUUUUCCUGUAGCAAUUGUGAACACCCUGCUUUAUGUACACUGUAAUUUUUUUUUUUUUUUUUUGAAGGGGGGAAAGGACUGGUUGUUCACAUGUCCCUGGCAUCCUUUGAGGGCAGUGUGCAGAAUGUAAUGUUCUUUUUUAAGAUGUAUUUUACAAUUUUUAAAUAAAUUUAGUGAACCUAUUAUUGGUGGACGUUUUUUAAUAUAUGUAAGGUAAUAUCUAAAAUGAAUACACCCUUCCCCCACCCCCAAGAAAAUGCGUAAAUUAAAGUUGCUGUUAAGCUUACUCUUCUGCUUCUUUAAUAUAGAUGGAGUUACAUGUUUUUGGGAAAUUAAAGAAACAGUGUGAAAACUGGCUUGGCUUUGCUAUUUGGGGGAAAAAAAGUAAAAAAUAUUAAUGCUUACAUUGUGUGAAAUUUGACCUUUUUUCAUAUUUUUGGCCCUCUGCCUUGUAUAUAUAUCUAUAUAUAGGUGACAAAAAAUAUUUUAAAACUGUGAUGCCACUGAGUUAAGUGGGUUAAAUACACCUGGUUCUACACAGAUUGCUUAAUGCAAAUAUAGUUAAAAAUAGCAGUUGAUGAAAUAAUGACUGGUACUUUUCAGAGCUCAUUUUUGUCAGAUAAAACUUUUAUGAAUUGACAAAUUGGCAGUAUCUAACUUGAUUUUCAUUGUAUACAGACUCAAUUUCUUUGAUUUCCCUGUUUCUUGAGUUCCAUAGGAAAUAUUUGUGAGAAAUUAAAAAAUAAUAAAGUACUCCUGGAUAUUUCAUGUAAUAACUUGGCAUUUGUAUUUAUAGGUUACAAGUUUUAUUUUCGCUUCCUAAAUAAAAGCAAAAGCAAGAGGUUCGAGAA